AAUGUAUAUUAGUCUUACAUCUUAAAAUAAGACUUGGUGGACUCAUACAUCUUUAGUACCAUCUGAAACUCAUUAGAAAGUGUUUGAAGUUAUUAAUGGAGUUAAUAGUUUCUAAAAUAAAGCCUCAUUGAUUUCUACAUAUUUAAGUUUAGAAGCAGUUAAUAGGAUUCCAGUUGCAAAGAAAUUAGCCAUUUAUUACAAGGCUGCUAUAGUUGGGGCUACAUUCUUUGGAUCAAGGUAUUGAGAGUAAGUUAAUAGAGAAUUGCAGCAGGAUCCUUUUAUCAAAGUAACAUAAAAUCAGAAGUCAGUAAAUUAUUGGAUGGUGCACCAAUUUGGGAAAAUAAGUUUGAUGUACCUGAAUUGGAUAAGAAAUUCUUCUUUAUUGAUGAUGAUAACAAUUUUGAACCCUCUUUAUGGCAUCAUGGAAUGUAUGAAAUUAUUAAUUGUUAAAAAAUAGCAACUCAAUUGAGAAGCCCAAGGUAUUCUACAAGCAUGAGUGAU